GAAGAAAAGAAGAAGUUUGACAAAGAGACAGAAAAGAAUUACAGUCUAAUUGAUAAACACUUGACUCUCUCUGCCAAGAAGAAAGACUCACAUUUGCAAGAGGCAGAUCUCCAAGUGGAGCAGACACGCCAGCACUUCUACGAGCUCUCUCUGGAGUAUGUGUGCAAGCUCCAGGAAAUCCAGGAAAGAAAGAAGUUUGAGUUUGUGGAACCGAUGCUGUCCUUUUUUCAGGGGAUGUUUACUUUCUACCAUCAGGGGCAUGAACUUUCCAAAGACUUCAAUCACUACAAAAUGGAACUACAGAUCAACAUCCAGAAUACACGGAAUCGAUUUGAGGGAACCAGGUCAGAAGUGGAAGAACUUAUGAACAAAAUCAGACAAAACCCCAAGGACCACAAGCGAGCAAGCCAGUUCACAGCAGAAGGCUACCUGUAUGUCCAGGAGAAGAGGCCGGCUCCAUUUGGAUCCAGUUGGGUCAAACACUAUUGCAUGUAUCGGAAAACAGCCAAGAAAUUCAACAUGAUCCCAUUUGAGCACAGAUCUGGGGGAAACUGGUAAGGGGAUGGAGAGGUGUUCUUCUUGAAAGAAUGCACCAGAAGGUAUACCGACUCCAUUGACAGACGGUUUUGCUUUGACAUUGAAGCUGCUGACAGGCCUGGCGUCCCCUUGACUGUGCAGGCGUUUUCAGAAGAGGAGAGGAAGCAGUGGCUGGAAGCUCUGGGUGGAACAGAAGCUCUGUUCCAUACUUUGAAUAGAGCGAUCCUCCCGAGACCAGAAGGAGGUAAGUCUUCAUUUAUCCUGUUGACCACCAACCCAAAGCUGUGGCUGUGGCUCCACCUACACCCUUUUUAACGCUCUUAGGGUAGC